AUGGUUGAGCUACUGCUCCUCCUCUCAUCGGACAUGGUGCAAAGCAGGCAAACGCCGACCGUUCAAGUCAUUCGAGAUGCAUUGGUAGUCACUGAGAAGCUGAAUUACCAGUAUCUGUGGGUGGACAAAUAUUGCAUAAACCAAGAGGACCUUGAAGACAAGAUUUUUCAGAUCAGCAACAUGGACCUCGUCUACAACAACGCGCAGGUGACAAUCAUAGCAUCUGCUGGAGAAGAUUCAAGUUACGGUCUUCCUGGAGUAGGAGACAGACCUCGAACUCGUCAACCUUCGGCUCCCAUCAAUGGGCACUGGAUCGUCUCAUCCCUGCCGGAGCCGCAGACACAAAUCCGGAAGGCCCGAUGGUCGACUCGAGGCUGGACUUACCAAGAGGCAGCAUUGUCUCCGCGCCGCCUGUUCUUCACCGAGCAGCAAGCAUAUUUUGAGUGCGACUCAAUGUAUUGCAUGGAGGCGAUUGACCUGCCACUGGAAAGCUACCAUACGAAGGACGGCGACUACUUCCGCACCGAGGCCAAUUGGGGUGACAUAUCCAUGUUCAACCUUCGCUACUCCCAAUUCAUUGACCGCAACAUCAUCGAGUACUCGUCACGGUCCCUGUCUUACCAGUCGGACGCGCUGAAUGGCAUUCUCGGUACGUUGAAGUUCCACGAGAGGCAACGAAAGACGAAUGCGCCGUCGCAUCUCUGGGGGGUUCCGCUGCAGGUGCACUGGCCUGCCGGCGCCUCGUUCGAGCAUCCGCAAUUCCAAGGCGAUGCCUUCCUGCCCGAGGAUAAUUCCCGCACAGCCUCCAUGGACUUCAUGCGGGGGCUAUGUUGGUUGGGAAGGCAAGUUAUCUAA